AUGGGAGAGGAUGAACCGGGUUGCUCCUAUCAAACGCGAAAAUCCGGGGAAUCAAUCGGGAAUGCCGAAAACAGAGAAGCUACCAGCACUGAAUCAUCGGCGCCGACCUCACCACACGCCGAAGAGGCUGAAGGCGAAGAGGAUAUUGUUGAUUUGUGCCGACGGCUUGAUACUCAGCUCGAAGAAAAAGCAAAGAUGCACAACUUGAAUGCCCUAAACGUCAAGUCAAUCCUUCACCGUCUCAUGAAGGAUCCUCAUGUACUGUCAAAGCUAAUGGGUAUAAAAGGAGAUACGGACGAUAUUCCUACUAUAAAAGUAACUCGCUCCAAAGUUAAGCAUUCCUCAGAACCUGCCAAGGUGGAAUUGAAACCUGUCCCUCCUCCGAGAACAUUUCUCGAUCUACAGUUUGAAGAUGAGGAUGAAGAUGAAGACUACAGGCCAGAGGAAGUGCAGAGUGAUGACAGUGAUGAGGACGAUGAUGGAAAUGAAACUUUAACCACAAUCGAUGCUGAAAAAGCAUGCGAGAAGGACGAUACUCUUGACAUGAACAUGGAUGCAGAUCAGACAGAGGAGUUAGUUAAUGACAAACUAAUGAUCACAGACGUAGCCGACUCUGAUGUCUCUCCGUACCAACUGAGAUCUCGCCUCAAUGUUGAUGAUUCUUCUUUGUACGGGUCGCUGCAUGACACAUUUACUGAGGACAACUUUGACCCAUACCCCGGUUAUCACGAACAUGAAAUGCUCACUUUUGUGGAAAAUCCAGAUUACCUGAACUUCCUACAAGGAAUACAAGCAUCUACACCUAUUCAUGGAAAUGGAAAUACACUAGCCGAUGACGAUGACCCUGACGAUGAAGAGUACAACGUGUUAGGGGAGCUGGAAAAUCUCAGUGAGCUUGAAAGAGAUAGGGACGAGUUGCGAAAGGAUAAAUUCACAGAGAUCCCAUUGCGCGAGGUCGAGGGCCUUCUUCUGGAUCUCAUUGGCGACAAAGUGGAGGCGAUUCGUCCUGAACUCAUGCCGUUGAAGGAUACAUCUCCGAAGAAGAAACGUUCACAAAAACAUCGUUCUGCGGACAGAGCCGACUCGAAGCAAUCAAAGAAUGUAAAAAGGAUUUAA